GAGUACUUUGUUAGUGCACCAAUAUAUAGCAAUUCCAGUUGGUGACUUUGCAUCAGACAUCUUUGCAUCUGUAGCUUUGUAAGUAAUUAGGGCAGGGUGGAUGAAAAACACCAUGUGAGAGCAAACAUCUGCCCCUAAAGCUUACCCAGUUCAUUCUCUUAAGAAUACUGGUGUUCAGCUCUACUGCUUGUACUGCGAUUGCAAUACUGUGAUCUUUUGCAGGGGGUUUAGCAAGAGAACAAAUACUUAAAUUUAUUUAUGUUAUGAUUUAUUUUUCUCAUUUACAUGAAAGACAAGACACAGUCACUGUCUAUAAUCAUAAAUUACGUGUAAUUACAAAACAUUACUCUUCAUGGGGAAAACUAAUAGGAAAUCUUGCCCACUCCCCCAGAUUUCUGUCUCCUGCUAGAAACUUCUCUUACCAUCCUCUGCUGGAUUUACAGAUAAAAGGCCUUUUUGGCAUGGUGCUUUAUGACCAAUCAGAAGUGAACAAGAAGUUCAGGCCUAUAUUAUAGACACACUAGAAAAACAGAUUUCUUUCCUCGCCAUAUCUGUCAAGAAAAGGGGAAAAACUGAGAACUGCCAAGCUGGCAUGCAGUUACACCCUAAUUCUUUACCCAGCAUACACACACACACACACACACACACACACACACACACACACACACUAAACACAUUAUGUUGACAACAUGAUGAUGAAAAUUUGAGAUCUUGCAGUCCAUUCCUAAAACAAGCUGUCUGAUCCAUGUGGGUGGAUCAGAUGUGUGGACACAAUUCCCUCUUCUGCUGGCAGUGUGUUCCAGUAAGAGCCUUGAAAGUUAAUCUCAUUUUCUUGUUAGCUUCCAGUCUCUUGAUCAGUGCAGAUGUGAGACCACUCAGUACAAUCUCACGACUGGGAUGAGAAAUGGCCAGGAGACUCCAUUAAGCGUGCCUCCAGCUGCCAAAUCAAGCUGCAUGCCAGAUAAUGCUAAUGUGCAAGGAUUUUGGGGGAAUUCUGUAAGCACUAUUCAAGCUGCUGCAGGCUGCAGUACUUGGGGUUUUUUAAUGAGGCACAUGCUCUCUUUGAACUUUCUAUUAUCCUGAAAUUUAUUUUUCUGUUUUCUUUCAAAGUACUUCGUUAAAAUAAUAAGGGGCUUUCCCCUAAGCUCCCCCUUCAUCUUUCACAGCUCUCCAAACCCCGUGGACUAUGUUUACCGCCCGACAGAUAUUUGAAGUGACAAAGCGAACAAGAAAUCUGAGGCUUCUUCCCACUUUGCCUAAACACGUCUUACUCUUCACCGCUGCAAGUUUCGUGCACCGCUUCCCAGCCAGGUCUGCUCCCCUUCCACCCCACCCUCCCUUCCGUCUCUCGAUGUUCCCUCACGGAGCUCUUCCAAGCCCACACAGAGCAGCAGGCGAGUCUCGGGCUGCGCAGUGCCGCCGCAGGAGCCCCGGCCCGGCCGGCUCCUCGUUGCCCAAGGCGCGUCUGCUACAACCACCCCGAGCCCGCCCAACGCCUUCGCCCCCGGGCACCCGGCCCCCAGCCCCGGGGGGUGCGCGGUCGUUUGGGGCUGGGAACCACGAGACAGCCCUUCGAUCCCAUGAGCCGCAGAGGAGUUGGUCCUACGUGGGUUCCACCGUUACCGGUACUGCAGGAAGAAGCGCCAAAGAAAGCAACAAAAAGGACAAACAAGCGCUGCCAAGGGCUCGGUGUGGCUGAGCUCUUCCCUGGUGGUAUUUCUAAGCUCAUAUGAAGGAUGUUGAAGAGACUGUCUCACAUAAAGAUCUUGAAAGGCUGCAGGGACUUCUUUGCCAGUGAGAACUAAAGCAUGAGUGCCAUCCAGGAAGUGAGUGGAUUUUUCCUUCCAUUUCCCUGAAAAACUUGCCAAAUUCCUGAGAAACAAAAUUUUUUUUUGAAGUUGUUGAAGUUCGUAUGAACAGAGAAGAGGAUUUUUUUUUUAGCCCUGCAAAGCUACCUGGUAUUUGAAAUGCUGAAGAGGAAAUUACGGUUUUGCUACAACUCACGCUUCAGGCUUUUCUUGGGUCUAACUCUCAUUUUAGUAAUAAUUUCGGUUUUGAAAGUUAACCAGAAAGAAGACUUCCUAAAUCGGAGACAUCUGGAGCUAACAAAAGAAGAUCCUAUUAGCAAUGUUAACUGCACCAAGAUUAUUGAGGGGGAUAUAGAAGAAAUACAAAAGGUACAGCUUGAGGCAUUAUCAGUGUCCUUUAAGAAACGCCCCAGACUAACUACAGAUGAUUAUAUUAACAUGACUGCAGACUGUGCCUCCUUCACUAAGACUAGGAAAUACAUUUUGGAACCUCUCAGUAAUGAAGAAGCAGAAUUUCCAAUUGCUUACUCAAUAGUGGUUUAUCACAAAAUUGAGAUGCUUGAUAGACUUCUAAGAUCAAUCUAUGCUCCACAGAAUUUUUACUGCAUUCAUGUAGACAAAAAGUCUCCAGAAUCCUUUUUUGCUGCUGUGAAGGGAAUAGUCUCAUGUUUUGAUAAUGUCUUUAUUUCCAGCCAAUUAGAGAGUGUGGUAUAUGCUUCAUGGAGCAGAGUGCAGGCAGACAUUAACUGCAUGAAAGAUCUCCACAGAAGAAGUUCAAACUGGAAAUACCUAAUAAACCUAUGUGGUAUGGACUUUCCUAUAAAGACCAACAAGGAAAUAGUAGAGAAAUUAAAAGCCCUUAAGGGUGAAAACAGCUUGGAAACAGAAAAAAUGCCAGUUUAUAAAGAAGUAAGGUGGAAGAAACACCAUGAGAUUAUUGAUGGUAAAAUAAAGAACACAGGCAUAGACAAACAACUACCGCCUCUCAGUACUCCAGUUUUUUCUGGCAGUGCCUAUUUUGUAGUUAGCAGGAGCUUUGUAGAGUAUGUUCUAGAAAACAGCAAAAUACUUAAGUUCAUUGAGUGGGCGAAAGAUACUUACAGCCCAGAUGAGUACCUGUGGGCAACAAUUCAGAGAAUCCCUGAAGUCCCAGGCGCAUUUUCUUCCAGUGACAAGUACGACGUUUCUGACAUGAAUGCCCUGGCCAGAUUUGUCAAAUGGCAGUACUUUGAAGGUGAUGUGUCCAAAGGUGCACCCUACCCACCAUGCAGUGGAGUUCACAUUCGCUCUGUCUGUGUUUUUGGAGUAGGAGACUUGAACUGGAUGCUACGAAACCACCACUUAUUUGCUAAUAAGUUUGACACUGAUGUCGACCCUUUUGCUGUGAAAUGCUUGGAAGAGUAUUUGCGGCACAAAGCUCUGUAUCUGCAAAAGGACUGAAAUGUGUGCUUCCUGUUAGGAAACAUAGCUACAAAUAUUCUACUGCAACAUACUUUAACAUGUUACAGCAAUCGUGGUGAUGCUGAUAAUGGGUAUAAUCACUCUCACCAUGUUGGUGUGGUGCUGCUCAUGCCCUGCCUUGUCCAUAGAUGAGGGGGAGAAACAUGUCUUCAGUAUGCCUUGUGGCACACUUGAGUUUGGACCUUUAGGUAGAAAAUCAGACAGCAGUUUUUGGAAAGCCAACUAUUUGGAAUAUUUAUUUUCUAGAAGGUAUAAUUAAUGGACUUCCUUUGGCUAAACUGUUUUAAGGCAUAGAAAAUGCAUGUUGUUCGUGGUUAUUCUCAAUUUUUUUUCUCCCAUGAAUGUAAUGCUAGCUGGAAGAGAAAGAUGAAGGAGUGGAGUACAAAGCAGCUGGACUGCACUUCAUACUGAAUACUAAAAGAUCUCAGGAAUGUAACAUUAGAAAUUAUCUAAAAGCUAUGCAAAAGGGGAUAUGCAAAGCCAGCUGUUACCAUUUUACUUAGAUCUGUUUGCUGCAGUUCUGUUACAUGUAAUUCUUAAUCCUCCUGAAAAUUUUGUCUUCAGCAUGGAGUAUUAAAGAAUUCAAAUCUUAUGUAUUCCUAAAGCACCCUGAUAUUGUGAUAAUAAAGUUUAUACACUAGUUUGUAAUUACAUCUUCUCAGGGAAACUUCAGUUUUGUGCCUGAUGAGAUCUAGACUUGUAAUUUUACAUUUCUUACUGUAUGGGGAGUUUUGCUUUUGUAUCCAAAAUUGCUGAAGUUUCUCAAAACUUAAAGAACUGCAGUAGUGUCUAAAUAUUACUGAUGGAACUGCUGGUUUCUGCUUUCUGUCAAGCUCAACUUGCAUUCCAGAUUUUUUUAACACUAAGAACGGAAAAAAUAAAAUUAUUUUUUUAAAUUAUAUUGUCUCUUCCUACAAUUGAAGUUCCCUCUGAAAAUACCACAAAUAAUUCCUAAUGAUGAAGGCCAAAGAUAUUUUUCUACGCUUUUCCAUACAUGACUGAAGAUAAGCCCUGCCUUACCUACAUAUGGUCAUUUGUUCAUGUGUCUGUGCUUGUUUAGGUUUAACUUGUUCAUCUGAUUUUAAUUCCAGUAAAGCCAUUGUUUAGUUUAGCUGCUGCACUGUGGCACAGAAGCUUGGGGAUGAAAGAAGAGGACACUUUGAGGGAUAAUAUUAUUGCCUUCUGUAUCAAUUCAGGUUUGUCAUGCAUAGUUACUGCCAGCUGUCUCAUUCCUGAGACGGCAAUGGAAUUCAUUACAAGUAUUAGUAAAUGGCAAAACAGACUAAAUUUUUUUAUUUGUGAGCUGUUUCUGUAAUUGCAGCAUGUGUUUCUUACAAAGACAGUUCUGAAGUUUCUCCUACUUAGACAUUAACAUAAGGGACUGCUUGCUGUUGAUCAUGCAAACAGCUAGGGAGGUAAGCCGUUUAAUCUGAAAUGGAGCUUGUUUUUGCCAACCUCUGCCUUCAGAACCACCUGAAAGCUGUUCCUGGAGUCUUCAGAAACUUUCACAUUAACAGAUAAUUAAAGCCUGUGAACAAGGCAGUUGAGGGAAAUACCCUGUCUUCUGUCUUCUGCAGCCUCUGACUUUUUUACAAGAAUGCUCUUGUAGACUGUUGUGCUUUACCACCUUUGCACAAACUACAACAAACUUCACUGCAUAUAGUACUGGGAAUUUCCAGGAAGUAAUUUUUAGCAGAAAGCAGUUUUUGAGAAUUUGUACCUAAAAACAAUGUACCUGAAUAUCUUCUAUGAUACCAGAACUGCUAACUCAGUUGAUUGAAAUCUACUUCAGUUAGAGCAUCUUUAACCCUACCUCUUUCAGUCUGCUUUGUACUUAGUCAUUUGUGUAACACUCUGUCUGUAUUUCUGUUGUCAGUAGUACUACUACUGUAGGUGGCGAAGAUGCUGCUUGAUUAGACGCUUCAAAUACUACUGUUUAGAUAGAGUCUAGAGAGAAUCUUCUGUACAGAAGGAAAAGUAAGAGAGCAUAGCUGUUUAGGAUAUGUUUGCCAUAAGAAUUUCUUCUAGGGAAAGUGAGCUACAAAAAAACCCCCUCUAAAUCUGACUAGAGAACAGUCAUCCUGCUCUGGUAGAAUAUAAAUGCCCAAGUCACAUACCCAGCUUACACCAACCUUCACACCAUGAUCCUAUCAUCCUGUGGGCAGCUAGGAGGGAAACUAGUUUGCAUUCUACUUACUGAAUAACCCUUUUUUUUUCCUUUUCUUUCUUUUUCUUUUUUUUCUGUGAUUUAAAGCUCAGUUCAGCUGACCACCAUUGCUGGGAAGCAAUGAGUAGUCACUGAAAUUGUUGCUGAAGUACCAUGUAUGCUACUCAAAGUCCCCUAAUAGCAUUUAAUUUUCCAUAGCAGUGCUUUCUAAAAGAGCUUAGUGCAUUGAAGACACUGCUCUUAUUCACUCCCCACUUAACACAUAAGCAUUUUGAGUGGCAUUAAUAAUCAUAACAAAAACAAUUUACUUGGUUUACUGAUGAUAACUGUGGUAACAAAGUAUCCACACUGUAACACUAAGGAUCACCAGGCUGAAAGCCUUUAGGAUCAAAGGGUGAUUUGAUCCCAGAAACCUAAUACCUGUGCUUUUAUCUCUUGCCUGCCUGAGGUUUGGUUUGACAAGGGAGCAUGUAUUUGGCUCUUGCUCCUUCCUAUCGAGCACAAGAAAAAAUGACAGAAAACCUAAACCACUGCAGUUAUAAUCAAGGUCACCAGUCAGAUCACCAUUACUUGGUGCAUUUUCAAGUGGUCUGACAAUUAAAAAUUGACCUAAGCCAUAACAUGAAUGCAGUACAAGAUAAAAAUGAAAGAAGAGGUCAUCUGCUUCAACAUACAUGUACCACGCUGAUCAGGAGCAUUUAAUGCUUCCAGAUUCAGCACCGUUGCCAGUUCUGAAUUGCUGCAGCAGUCAUUAAAAGUAAUAAACAUGAUUUAAUAUAACUUCUGCUGCAAUACAUCACUUUUUAAAUUUCUGUCUUCUUUUUUUUUUGAAAAUGAUAGUGGUGGUUUUCUUUUAGUCAUGGAAUAAUUACAAGAGCUAAUAUUGUAGGGAGUACCUCUUCAGUCAAAUACGGAAAAUUUUGUCAUGUAAAAUGGUUUCCAAAUUCCAGUUAGAAAUACCAUUCAUUGUUAGCUUAAUCUUUCAGUAAUCUAGGUAAGUUUCCACAGUUUUCAAAUUAUCUUUUUUUCAAUGGAUCAUUUUAGUGCAUUUUCAUGCCCUAUAGUGCGAUAAAUUAACAGUAACCUGCUUUUGAUAGACAACAGCCUUCCAGGAGCCUUAACAGACAUGAAAAGCAUAACCUUUAGAUUUAUAUUUUUUUAUUUGAAAUCAAGCCAGCAGACUUUUUACAGAUAUACUUACUCAGUACUUAAGAAUCUGACUAAUCUGACCUUUUAAAUUAUUUCAAGAUGUUACUAUAUCUUUCUGGAAUAUGUAUCCUAAUUCUUCUGUUUUAUAGCUGAAAUAAGUUGGUUUUGCAUACAUUCUUAGCAUACAGAUAAUAGUUUGGAUAUUUUUUCUUCUUGGCUCCCCCUUCCUCGCCCCCCUUUUUUUUGUUUUCCACCUGUGUUUUUACCCCCUUCUCUUUUCUGUAUAUGACAGUUCUUCAUACAGAUGUCUGUGCUUGCAUCAUUGUCUGCCUUAUUUGCUUUGCCUUAUGUAUAGUAUCUUCAAAGUGGGAAAUAUCCUGCUCAGUACCCUCGUUUAAAUACUGAGCCUCUCAAACUGAGCUUUGCUGUCGGAGUCUUAAACAUGGUUGCAUAUCUUCUAGGAUCUGCCAGUAUUUGUUUUAGUUUGUCUGUUUUCUAUAUCUAUAAUAGAGCUUGACAAGAAAUAUUAAAGAACACAAACAAAUCCUUGAAGUAUAACAGUAUAUUUAAAAAUGUAUUAUUUUCUUCAAAAACCUGAAGUUUUUGAAGUUUCCUAAGGAAAUGACUAAGUUGUGUAAAAGGUGAAAAAAAUUCUGCUUAGAACAUGCCAGGAUAUGCCUUGAGCAGAUGCCAUCUUUUAAAAUCCAUAUCACCUACUCCAAGACAGGAUGCUGGAACUCUUUCUGACAGAUACAGAUCUAGCUGCAUUUAAAAAAAAAAAAAGUAUUUCCUUUGGACAUGGAAAAGUAGCCUUCUGGGAGAUCUAGUCACAUACAACUAAUGGUGUUUUAUUCUGUGCCAUGAAAACAUAUUAAUCUUGCAUAUCUUAAUUUCUUAAAAAAUUUAGGGACAUGACCCUCUUAAUUCUCUCAUUUAAACAAGUAAUAUUUCAGAAAUCAUUAAGCAGAAAAUGCUUAAUUACUAAAGUCCUCAGUAUCUUUGAUGAAGGUAGUUUGUCAACAAUCAAAACCCUUUAUCUCUUUUCCUUUCAGACAAUUUGCCUUUGGUACACAUGGGGGUGGGGAGCAGAAAUAUUCAUAAGGCUUUAAAGUGUAAUUUACUGACUGGUGUGUGAUAGGUAAAGUGAAAAUUGUGGUUUAGCAUCAACAGUUAUGUCUUUAGUAUAUUUUGGCAAGAGCUGUGUGAAUUGCAUUAGUGAUGCUGGAAAUGGAGAUUCCCCAGUGUUGAUGUGAAAUCAUGUUAGCAUGAAAAAUGUACUGGAAGAGUGCACAUGACAGGUCUGCUGUCAUGGUAAUGCUCAUAAUGUCAUUUAACAACAGACUGUUGUUAAUUAAAUGUGUUGCUUUCACUAGGCAGUUAAAUUACCCCUUUGAACCUCUAGAUUAUUAGGAUGAUUUUGUAAUACCUCAUGUACAAGCAGCAGUUGAAAUGCUGUUGACCUUAAUUUUGAGUUAGUCCAAGCCACCCUUUAAGCCUUUUCAAGUUCUGCAGAAAUAGCAAACCUGUUUUUAACAACAUACCAAGCAGUGAUGUUACCCACAUGGCAUGUCUUUGCUGGGCAUGCAGAACAAGGAGGUACUCUUAAGAGUUAAGGUAUGAUAAACCUUGUAAGCCUUGCAUCCUGGCACAUUCAAUUCCUGUUGCUACAGGGGCCCCUGAGAGCAGAGAGGAUUUGCUUUUACACCAGAGCAAACCCAGGUGAACCUAAAUUGCGACAGUGAGACCAGAAGCAUUUAUUCUUUCUGCUGUGCCUGUGGCACUGUAGUACUGAGCAGCUGCUGCCUGUGAGAUAUAGAAAUCCUCAGCAAUGAGACAGUAAUGGGAAAGCAAUGAAAAAAUAAAUAUCCAGACUAUACAAUUAAUAUACAAUUAAUUUAUAUCCUCUUUAAGCACUUCUAAUAGAAGGCAAAAUACAAGUACCACACAUAUUCUUUCCUCCCUCUCCUCUUCCUCUCUCCCCACUAAAUUUAAUUCAAAUAGCUGCUAUGCCAGGAAACCCUGCAAACAAAAUAUUUCACUGAGAUAAUGUCCCUGCUCCCUAGGGCAACAGACCUUUGGAGAGCUCUUGUUCUCUUCAAAUGACCAAAAUCAGAAGGGCCAAAGAGAAACUUCACUUUGUUUUCACAGCAAUUACUCAAAGCAUUUUCCUUUGUUGGUUUUUAAACAUUUCUGCCUGCUUGUGUAACUAAGGGCACAGAAGAGGUCUGUUCUUCCAGUCCCAGUAUCUCCAGACUCAUGGGCUUUCUCCUUCCUUAAAACACAAGACUUCUCCCACCUUUGUCUCCUUCAGAGUU